AUGGAAUACCAUUAGAAAAUUGUUUUAGAGUUGUUUUAGAUUUGACUCAGCACCGCGUAACGGUCCCCAAUAGAAUCAGGACGUAUCAUCCAUUUUUGUGGCAUGUGUUUUCAUUAUUAAAAGGAUUAUAUGACUUUAGACCAUGAAUUUAGACCACAUGGAACUCUUAAAAAAUAAAAUGAUAAUGCAGUAUGUUUAAAAUGUAAUGUCUGAUAUAGCCUCUUCUGGAUGGAAAUUAGUAAUUGAUAUAGAAACAUUGUAGCAUUUAAAGAAAGGCACGGAGCCACGUGUCUCUUUCAUUUUAUCACACUGACUUCUCUCUGACCUUAGUGAGGCCAGACAGAGGAGUUGUACACUUCAAUGCUAGAGUAAUGUACACUUUGUAUCACAAUGACGUCUGAGAUUUAGAAGGAUGCGUGACAGUCAGAACAAUCUGAUGUCUGACUGCCGAAGGUAUUGACACAAGUCAGACCUGAUAGACCGGUAAGUGACAUGCGGCCUGUGCUGUGCUGUCACGUUCACCGCUCUGCAGCCAGCCUAUAAGAUGUAACACGGCCCUGAAAAUCCAUCCGGGAAUGCCGCUCACAGCGAGGUAAGACAACCUACUGAGUUCUUGUGUUGUAUCCAAAAUUGUGUUUUUCUUUUCUUAGCAAAGAAGAAGACUAGAACUGAUAAUAACUUACCUAUUGAAACGAAUGUCUCACCUGAGCAGUGUUUUCCAAGGCUCUGACUUCAGGUGGAGGAUUGUGUGACCUUGGAGCUGUAAAGGUAGUCUGCAACCUGCCUAGAAUUUGGUAGCAGGACUACAGACCUGUCUGUUCACCUUGUUACCGGAAAGGUAAAAGAUAAGCUUCAGUCAUGUCUGAAACCGUCCGCCAGCCAAGGCCCUUUAUCUCAACCAGCGUAUCCAACCAGUGGACGUCUGGCAUCUGUGAUUGCUUCCAAGACUUGCCGCAGUGCUGCCUUGCCUUUUGGUGUCUUCCAUGCUUCGCCUGCAUGACAACCCAUGAGGUCGGGGAGUGUUUGUGUUUACCUCUGCUGGACGCUUUUGGACUCAUCCCUCCUAUAACCACAGCACUCAGGGUGUCAGUGCGCCAACGCUAUGGCAUUGAGGGUACACUCUGUAAGGACUGUGUGUACUCCUGUUGCUGCGGGCCCUGCACCUGGUGUCAAAUCGCGAGAGAGAUCAAGACAAGGAAGAAUCCCAUAACCUUCGUCAACAUGGCCGUCCGAUAAGAACAAACUGCUGAAGCCGCCACAGCAUCAUCGUUGCGUGGGAGCCGUUGCUGAUUCAAGCAUGUCUGCCUCUGUGGAAUGUCACUGAGCAUCUGGUUGAUGUAUUACCUGAUGAGGGAAAGAAAAGAGAAGCACACACUCCACCUUUGUGACGUCCAUUGACAGAUAUUAACGAGAAAGUAACGGUGACAGAUUUGCUUUAAACUGAACUGUGUUGUAUAAAGUUUUUUGGGGUUACUGAAAUUGCACACAGAUUCCACACAGAAAUCUUUACAAUGUAGUAUGUCUUUGAUCCUUGUGAUUGUAAUCUUUACAAAGUAUAUAUAUAUAUAUAUAUAUAUAUAUAUAUAUAUAUAUAUAUGUAUAUAUAUGGGUUCAUUUUCACUUGUUAUAUGAAAAGACCAAGAUGACCAAGAACUCUUCAUAAUAUAUAAUUGCGUGGGUCUGAGGGUGACAGUGUUGAACUCUUGGUCCAGAUGAAGAUUGCUCUAUAACUGCUGAAUGAAAAUGGUGGUAGAGAAAUUUAUGGUUCCCAGAGAUUGGUUCAUUCUGGCAUUGGUGAACUUCUAUCUUCUCCUUCAGCACAAGGUUGCAAAUGAUUACCUACAUAACAAUUAACAUUCCCAUAAUUCUCAGCUGAAUGUCUACUUUGUUUCUGGUGUGUUAAGUGAUUUAAACCUGGAGACACUAGGUCUGAAUUGACAAACAGUUAUUACACAUGUAUAACAUUGAAAUAGUGCACAAUCUCUGGCGAUUGGACUCCAUCCUUAACCGGGAUGAUCAAGGGGCCGUGAUUUUGCACAGCAGAAUCCCUCUGAGUCCAGACACUGGUGGUGAUGGUGAAGGGAAGUGAUAGCUGAUCGCUAAUGGAGGUGCCUGGGGGUGGAGGAGCGUCGCAUCCGGUUCUGUGCUGAAAUUACACCUGACAGCAACAACAGAGAGAACCCUUUAAAAGGUUUGACAGCAACUAUAUGAUUAGUUUAGAGCCACAGCGCCACCUCUGUUGGUUGUAUACACAAUACUGGAAGACCAGCUGAGGCAUCUGUAAGUUACGCGUGGCAUAAAAAGUCUUCCUUCCAGAACUACCGCGUAAGCUCCAUAACAUGCCUGUAGACACAUUUAACUUUUCCUACACACAGAACUUAUUUUCCUACCCUUCAAUAGCAGGUGUGUGAAGAUCACUUUUAUAGUGUAUUACAAAGUGUAAGAACUAACUGUACCAAUUCUAACUGAAAGGAAGUUGUGCAAUAUAGACCAUUAUGGUAAAACAUAGUCAUUUAUUUUCCUAAAUCUUUCUCUCUGCUCCAAUUAUUUAUAUGAAAUGCAACUCCUCUUCAACAGUGCAAUAAAACAGAAGUCCUUCUGAAGUUUGACUCAAUA